AUGUUGCCUCACACUCAUUUUGGUCUGAAGAAUCAGGAAUUGAGAUAUCGUAUGCGCUAUCUCGAUCUCAUCAUGAAUCCACCAGUCAAGAAUAAGUUCGUGAUUCGGUCCAAAGCAAUUAGCUUUCUUCGACGCUACUUGGACAAUCUCGGCUUUCUCGAAGUUGAGACACCUAUAAUGAAUAUGAUUGCUGGUGGAGCAACUGCUAAGCCCUUCAUCACUCAUCAUAACGACCUCGACCUUAAUCUGUUCCUUCGUGUUGCUCCUGAGCUUUACCACAAGAUGCUCGUUGUUGGUGGAGUUGAUCGUGUUUACGAAAUUGGCCGUCUUUUCCGCAAUGAAGGAAUUGAUCAAACGCAUAAUCCUGAAUUCACGACUUGCGAGUUUUAUAUGGCAUAUGCUGAUUACGAAGAUAUCAUGCGUUUGACUGAAGAUCUUCUCUCAAAAAUGGUCUUCCACAUUCAUGGAACCCAGCAUAUGAGCUUGACUUUACUCCACCAUUCAAACGGGUGCAUAUGUACGACGGACUCGAAGAGGUGCUGGGGAGUCAAACUGCCAAAACCAGAUACACUUCACCUGCCGGAAUCAGUGAAGCUUUUGAGCGACAUUGCGAUUCAAAAGAACGUGGAAUGUCCUGAGCCACGCACUGCUGCUCGCUUAUUGGACAAAUUGGUUGGCGACUACUUGGAGAACACAUUCAUCAGUCCAACCUUUUUGAUAGGACAUCCUCAGAUUAUGUCGCCACUCGCCAAAUGGCACAGGUCUACUCCAGGACUUACCGAGCGCUUCGAAUUGUUUGCUGCCACCAAGGAAUUGGCUAAUGCGUACACCGAGUUGAACGAUCCUAUUCGGCAACGAGCAUGUUUCGAACAGCAAGCUAAGGAUAAAGAUGCUGGGGACGACGAGGCUCAGCUAGUUGAUGAGAACUUCUGCACGGCUCUUGAAUAUGGACUGCCUCCUACCGCUGGCUGGGGAAUGGGCAUUGAUCGUCUCAGCAUGUUCUUGACGGACUCUCACAACAUUAAGGAAGUUCUUUUCUUCCCUGCGAUGCGUCCAGAUGAUGGACCCACUUCGGCUGCAGUUGCUGAGGAAAACAAAGAGAAUGGCAAA